AUGGUCAAUUCUUGUGGCUCUAUCUGCUCUGACCAGGGCUGUGGCCAAGGCUCCUGCCAGGAGACCUGCUGCUGCCCUCCUACGUGCUGCCAGACCACCUGCUGCAGGACCACCUGCUGCCGCCCCAGCUGCUGUGGUUCCAGCUGCUGCCGCCCCAGCUGCUGCCAGAUUCCCUGCUGCCGCCCCAGCUGCUGCAUUUCUAGCUGCUGCCGCCCCAGCUGCUGUGGUUCCAGCUGCUGCCGCCCCAGCUGCUGCCAGAUUCCCUGCUGCCGCCCCAGCUGCUGCAUUUCUAGCUGCUGCCGCCCCAGCUGCUGUGGUUCCAGUUGUUGCAGGCCCAGCUGCUGUGUGUCCAAUUGCUGCCGUCCAGUCUGCUGCCAGACCACCUGCUGCCGUACCACCUGCUGUCGCCCAGUCUGCUGUGGAUCCUCUUGUUGCUGA